CGCCCAUCCAUCCAUCUAUCCAUCCACCAGUCCGCCCGAGGCGAUUCCGUCCCUGUCUCAUCCCCAGCGCCCAGCCCCAUGCACGACCCGUUGCUGCCAUGACUAUGGAGCAUCCCCGCAAUCCAUCCAGCUUCCACUCCGGCAUGCCGAUCUUCCACAAACGACCCUGGUCCGACAGCGAGAGCAGCCUCGACGAGUCGCUCCGGCCCUUGGAUGUUCCCUGGGACCGCCCCACGCUCGGCAUGCUGCCUGGACCCGCUCAGCCGUCCAAAAGACUCAAGCAAGAGUCCAACCCCCUGAUCCACGGCGACCACAUAGUGCAGGUAACCGCACCCACUGUAUCUAUCAGCGACCACAAGCGAAGCUUCCAAGAUAUGGCCGAGGACUGGCCGGAUGCCUCUGUUCCGCUCAAGCGGCCCCGUUUCGGUGCUGAUCUUGGUCCAAGCACUUGGCCGGCCAUCGCCGCCAAUGUCGCUCCGGAGCGUCCGAUCGAGCCCCCGGCUGUCGAUUGCACCAGCACGCCGCUCUCCAGCUCCACAGCCCUGAUCCGAUACACCCCAGCCUGCAAUUCCCUUGACCGAUGCGAGCCGCCGGGGCCGUCUGUCGACACCUUUGGACUGAUGGAUCUAAUCCAGGGUCACCGACUCCCGCUCGACAUUCGGGACUGCAGCCCAUCCGAGCCGCUCAUGUCGCAUAUCGAUGCGCUCGUUGCCCAGGGCAUCUACGACAGCCGUCUCCCGCACAAGGAUGUCAUCGGAUCGGACCUGGCCUCGACAGAGUCCAACAGCCUGGUCCUCUACUCGGGCGGCCACCACUCAAGACUCCGACAAAUCCACUCGGUGGUAUCUCCGACAGGCUUGACGGAGCCUGCGGCGCCGCUCAUCCAAGAGAUCGCCAGUGACGACGAUAGCGACAUGGGCAGCCCCGCACCCACACCCGCACCCACACUCGACUCCAGCUCUGCAUCGGACAUGGAUCUAGACUAAAUCUAGACUAGAUGUGUCUCUGUGUUUUUCCCCAAACUCCUCCCCUGGCUGCAGAUGGCCUCGACUCUCAGGGAAGCUCUGAAUGAUCGUACAGUGCAGCUCCAUGUAUCGAUAUCCAUGCCCGCGUUCUCU